AUGGAGAGCAGACAAUCGAGCAAGAACUCCGAAGAAGACCUAUGUUUUUUUAUUGUAUUGUGCCUAAUACUAUUGAGUUCGAUCGAGCGAAUCUCGUCGCUCUCGGUGACGGUUAGCGACGAUGAAUGCGUCCAAGAGUAUGUCCUUUACGAAGGAGACACCGUCUCCGGAAACUUCGUUCGUCGUCGACCACGAAAUCUUCGGGGAUCAGACCAUCGUUUGGAUUUCACGGUGACGUCUCCAGCUGGAACAUUGUACAGACGUUGAAGGGAAACAUCAGGAGAUAAGUUUGAGUUUAAGGCGCCGAGAAGUGGAAUGUACAAGUUCUGUUUCCACAACCCUUACUCUACUCCUGAGACUGUCUCCUUCUACAUUCACGUUGGUCAUAUCCCCAACGAGCAUGACUUAGCCAAAGACGAACAUUUGGACCCGGUGAAUGUUAAGAUAGCUGAGCUGCGAGAGGCUUUGGAGUCUGUUGUUGCUGAGCAAAAGUAUUUGACACGUGAUACUCGUCACCGUCAUACACGAGAGCGGGUGAGAAAGCGGGUGAUAUUCUACACAGUAGGAGAGUACAUCCUAGCAGCAGCAAGUGGUCUUCAGGUUCUCUACAUCCGCAAGCUCUUCAGCAAGUCGGUUGCUUACAACAGGGUUUGAACAUAACUAAAACCCCAUCAAGGU